AUGGCAUCGUGCACCUCCAGUGAGAUCCAUGCUGACCUCGAGGGCCUGCCCAGCUCUGCGUUCAACGGGGCUGACGAGGCAUCGCGCCAGCAGUGGAUGGACACAGUGCUGGCUGCCGAGGUCAAUCCGCGCAGCAAGCACGACGUUCGGUUCUUCACUGGGGUGGCCCGUCUCCUGGCGGACACCGUGCACAGCGCGCAGCCCGAAGACUUCGCCGACGAGUAUGUGCGCGAAGUCAUCAAAACAGGUUUCAGACCUGGAGAUUUGCCUUUCGCUUCGGAGGGCAAUCCAGAGAGCUGGAAGGCGUUCCAGGUCACUCCAGCGAUGGUCGUUUGUGCUCUGCGCGUGCAGGCGGCGUGCGCUGGAAGCACUGCGCAGACGCGCCGCGCUGGUGGGGGCUCUGGCGCUGGUGACUCCGACGAUGGCUUCAAGGAGGCGGUCAAAGAGUUUGUGAAGGCACAAACCGAACAGGCCACAAAACAUGUCCAAAAGGGCCUCAGCUUCACUCUCGCUGAGCGCACGACCGAGGUCGGGCUGGGCCUGUUCGCCAAGCAGGGCUUACCCAGCGAAGAGCUCUUGGCAAAGUGGGAGACGGCAGGGAAGGCUGCGGCAGACCGGGGCCGGCUGUACAUCGGUAUCUUCGAUGGCGACGAUUACCAGGCGGUGCACCGGCCGUUCUGGAGCCGGUCUCCCAAGAUCGACGCCGUUGCAGGGCAUGGCUCCUUGGAGGACAAACUCAAGGAGACUCUCGAGAUGAAGAAAAAUGAGAAGCUGGGCCACGUGCUCGCGUGGGGUCUAAAACUGGUCCUGAUGAAGACGUGCUCGCAGACGCACUUGCUCUCCUUCGUGUAUCUGCUGACAAGGGUCGCGGAAGAGCACGGCGGCGCCUUCACGGCCUACCACUACGACCUCUUGGCCAGGAAAGCCAUGGCCCAGAAACUCGAGCAUGAGGAGGGGGAUGUGCUGCAUUUCUUCUUCAAGCUGGACCGAGACCUUCUCAACGAAGCCAAGGGAAAGGCAGUGGCCGCGGCCAGCGAAGCAGCCAAGUUCACCAACUCGAAGGGUGGAGGCUUUGCGGCCUCGAAUUCCAAGGGCGGUGGCAAAGGCGGCGGCAAGACCGCAGUCAAGGGCGAGAGCGAUCAGCCCAGA